AUGCAAGAUAGUGAAUUUUGGAGUAAUCUACUACAGAAACCAGAGUCUAAAGCAGCAAUAAGAAAAGAAAAUGAGCACUUAAUAACAGAACAAGCUUCUAUUUUGAGAUAUGAAUACGUAAAAUGUAAAGAUGAAAUAGAUAAGCUUAUUGUGAAACUGUGUGAUAGUAAUAUUGGACACUUAUAUAAGAAAAUUGGUCAUUUAUUUAUAACUCAACGUAGCCUAAGAAAUAUACUAGAUUGUGAAGCAUCUAAGCAAAAUAAAAACUCUAAUCUGAAUGAUUUAAAAGAUAAAGUCAGUGAGAUACUACAGAAAAUUGAUAAUGAGUAUCAAAUUAACCCAAAAUAUAUUGAGAAAAUAGAAGAAGACUGGGAGAAAUUAAUUGAAAAUUCAAAAGGAGCAAAACUCUCAAAAGAAAUAGAUUGGAGUAGUAUUCCUGAGCAAGAACUAGGUAAACGAUUAAGAGGUGGAGAAAUUAUGCAUCGAGAUGAGUGGAUACCAGGGAAUAAUAAAAAUGAAAGAAGAAAACUUCAACAAAAUGAGAUUAAAAGCCAUUUAGAUUUUGGAGAAGUUAUUAGAAAGGAAGGGGCAAUAGCAUUUGAAAAAGGAGAUUUUAAUAUGGCAUUAACAAGAUAUACACAAGGUGUACAAUUGCUAUGCUGGAUAGAAGGAAUAAAUGAAGAAGAUGAAAUAAAAAGGACAGAAUUACAUAUUAAAUUUUUAAAGAAUCAGGCUCUAGCAGCACUUAAAUUGGGUAAAUACAAUGAAUGUAUAGAUUCUUGUAAUCAGAUAUUAAAGAUAGAUCAACAUGAUGAAAAAGCUCGUUAUAGACGAGCUGAAAGUUAUUUUAUGCUUGGUUUAUUUGAGCAAGCAAAGGAUGAUUAUAGAUAUAUCUGUAUUAAUGAAUAUGCUAGUAGUUUUGCAAAACUAGCUGCAAAACAAGGACUAAUAAAAUUACUAAAGGAAUCAAAAAAGAAUAAAGAUAACUCAAAAAAAAUUGUGAAUAGAGUUUUGAAACAAGAAACAUUUACCGAAAAUAGGCAACAAUUGUCACAAAGUACAACAGUAGAUAGUUUUGAGUACCCUACUUUUAUAAAUAAUUCGAAGGAAGUAUAUAAUUUAAACAAGGAUUUAUAUAAAAGUGAACAAAUCCAAUAUAAUAAAAAAAAUAAUUUCCCUUGUUUUGAUCUUGAGAGAACAAAAAUGAUUUUAGAACGUUUACUAGAUGUAUACACAAGUGAAGAUUUUGAAAUCCAACUUAGGAAGCUAAGAUCUGCCUCAGAUUAUGAUGAAAAACGUCUUUUAUUACGACUUCGCAAAGUACUCCCAGAUAUACAAAUCCCAAUAUUUGCUGAAUUUGGACUUGAUCCAAAUAUAUGGAUUUAUCAGAAUGCUAAAGAAAUUGUUGAUUAUAGUAUUGGGUAUUGGAGAACAAGAGAUGAAGAAGUAUCCACAUUAGCUAAAGAAGUUUACCAAGCAAUUAUGGGUGACAUUUUGAUAGAUUGA